AUGUGCUGUACCCGCAAGACACUUGAGAUUGUGGAACGUGAGGUAUGGGGGCUGUGGCUCCCCUCUGGUAGCCACAGCCCCUUCACCCUCCUCCCUAUCCUCACUCCCCUUCCUCCCCUACAGUGCCUGGAGAUCCCCAUCGUGUACGACGCGUACGACACCGGCGACUACUCGCCAGAGUGCGAGUUCCCUCCACGGCCGAGCCUGCAGGUACCGAGGUCUCCCCUCUCCGCGACGACCAAAAGACAACCUUCACCUCAACCAUCAUCACCACCACCACAACCAUGUUCCACCACACCCACCAACCAUAAACCCCAACAACAGUCGCCUAACACCACCAGAAAGCAAGGAACAGAUCUUUCCCCACGGUGCGUGUCCACCUCCACCAUCUUUCCCCACGCCAAAGUGAACAAGGACGGCAAGCAGGAGACGUGCAAGCCCAUCCUGAAGGUGGAGUGGACCUCCACCAAACUGGGGGAAUCGUUCAUCAUAUUCUCCGGGGGUUUGACCAAUAACCACGCAGGCCGCACCCCCAGCAUCACAGUGAUACACGGCAAGACCACCACAGUCCUCGAGAUGGAGCACAACGUCGUGGACUUCAUCACACUCUGCGAGAGUCCCUGGCCUUCAGACCAAGCAGACCCCUAUGCGCUGGUGGUGCUACUACACAACGACCUGGUGGUGGUGGACCUGCUGACGACGGGGUACCCAUGCCACGAGAACCCGUACCCCAUGGACCUGCAUGAGUCACCCGUCACCUGCUGCGCCUACUUCGCCGACUGUCCCGCGGACCUCAUCCCCGCCUUCUACUCCGUGGGGGCCGCCCGGGCCCACAAGACCGGCUUCAGUCCCCGCGAGUGGCCCGUGUGUGGGGGCGAGUGGAGCUCCACGUCCUGCGGCUACCCUGAGCUCAUCGUCACGGGGCACGCUGACGGGUCCCUGAAGUUCUGGGACGCGUCCUCCGUAAGCCUGCAGGUGCUCUACAAGCUCAAGACGACCAAGGUCUUCGAGAAGGACAAGACGAAGGGCGCGACCGCCGACGACGACGAUCCCUUCGCCGUGCAGCACGUCUGCCUCUGCCCAGAGUCACGGCUCCUCGUCGUGGCAGGGGCGUCGUGCCACGUCAUGCUCUACAGAUACUGCAAGCAGGAGACCUGCGCUGAGAUACCCGUGAGACGUGGGCACGUGUGGGGCAUGGGGGCACGUGUGGGGCACGGGGAACACGUGUGGGGCAAGCUCGAGACCUGCGCUGAGAUACCCCAGGCGUCCCUGGACAUCUUCGUGACAGUGCACGUGCGUGGGGGCAUGCAGAAGAAGCCCCCGGGCUACCAGGCUGAGCUGGUGUGUCUCACCCCCUGGGUGAACGGCGAGCCUCCCGGCCAGAUAACCGCCCUCGCAGUCAACUCUGCGUACGGCCUGAUCGCGUACGGCAACGAGAGCGGGCUGGUGAUCGUGGACUACGUGCAGAACACGUGCCUCCUGAACAUGGGCACACCUGAGCUGUACGGCGCCGCGGACCCGUACCAGAGAGUACCGCGCUCCCCUAAGAAGCCCGACCAGAAAGACGAGGACAGAGAUCCGUCGCCUUCGUCAGAUCAGGAAUUCAAAGAUAUCGCCAGAGGAUGCCAUAUUGACGAGAUUGACGGAGGCCCCUGCUCAAGUUAUGGGGGCUCGGGGAGUCGUGAGGAACUUCUUGCAUCCGUGAAAAGCAUGAAGAAGAUGGAUAACCGAGGAAAAGGGGAGCUAGAUAUACAAAAGUCCAUGAUACGAAAGUACUGCAAGUCGAAAGACGAGCAAACCAAACCUACUGAUUCUAAGAUUGACUUGCUAAAAUUUCUCACCCGGAAGGAAAGCAAAUCGAAGGUCUUGGUAAAGGAAGAUAAGCCGAAGGAAGGUGAGGAAGAUUCGGAGGAUUUAAGUGAAGGAAGCUUCAAAAAAUGUCACGCCAAAUCUGAUUACAAAAAUUGCGGUCCUGAAGAGGAAAUGGAGCUUGGGAGGUGCGAAUCAGACGACCUCCUGUUAUCUCUUGUUAGUAACGCUACUGACGCCGCUGACAUCACCUUAACUGAAACGGCAGCUCAGGGCCUACCUGAUGAUGACAUCACCUGCGACAAAACUGAGGAUGAAGCUAAAACGGACGCUGAAUCCAAGCCCAAUGAACGCAAAGCAUCGCGCUUCAGGCUACGUGACACCUUUACGAAAUUUGACGCAAAGGUGCGACGAGCUUUCUCCUGGGAAGCCAGCACAUCGCUUGAUGGCCCUCCCGGAGAAGAGGGCCAGAAUCAAGAAGAGGAAGGAGUGAGAGACACGCCUCUGGACGACGUCAUUGAGGCUGAAGUUGAUGAAGCCCAAGACGCUUUGACGACGAUUGAGAGACGAUGCAGCUCGGUGAGCACUACCACGUCUGAAGGUGGCAGUCCUGUAUCAGGGGUCGUCUCGAGUUCAAACUCGACGCUGCAUUCGAGUAAAAGAGGCUCUAUCGAGUCGACACCUGAGGAUGAAUGCAAAGGAUUGCCUCCAAGCACUGUCGGAGACGAUCCAGACGAGAAAGGUUCCGGGAACAGGUCAUCUUUAGUACUCUUCGACGAAAAGGGCAGACCUGUCCCCCCUGCUCGAAGCAAGGGCCGUCUUGCUGAGUCUAAAAUCCGAUCUCGUAAAGGCUCGGAUGAAGGUGAUCGGGUAUCCGGGAGUUUGACUGUGUCCGGUCCGAGUAGCUUGCAGUCAACCGGUAUAUCUCCAAACGAAGCAGGGAAAACUUCUAAACCUCUGAUCGGCCUCAAUAUCGACGAAGCACAAGCGCACGCCGACUACGGCGAUCCAAACGCACGAGAAACAAAUUCAAAUCCACACACGCCUUCUCCGGGGUCCCAUCUUCUUGUUGGCGGGGCUGCCACGACUUCUGGGUCAUCAGGUGUCACUAGCCCAACGAGUCUGGGUGCCUUGAAGAACUUCAUGAACAGCAUCACGAAAAUAGCUUCGUCCUCUCAUGGUACUCACGACAAGUUAGACGGCUCGUUUAGUCGGUCGCGGUCCUCCAGUAUAAGUAGCCUUGAGAACAUCAGCAGUGAGGCCAUCCAGUGUCUUACCUUCGCUGACUCCUACGUCAAGAAAAACGAUGCCCAAAUGUUGCCAACACUGUGGGUCGGCACCAGCCUAGGUUCUGUCAUCCAAGUGAUCGUGUCCAUACCCAGCGCUGAAACCAGGCUUACCAACCCCGUCUCUGUCUUCCCUAGUGGUACCAUAUUCCGGCUGAAGGGUUCUAUCCUGGCGAUGUGCUUCCUGGACGCCAGCGGCGCCCUUAUCAGGAGCAGCUUCGAGUCUUGGCGGGACGCGCAGCGGGACAAACGGGACCGAACUCCCACAAAGAGCACCAGCACCCCCACCUGUGGAAGCAGUGGGGGCAGCGGCACACCCAACAAUAGACUCUCCCCCACGAACUCUGGGGGAGGGGGCAGCACAGAGCAGCACCUCGUGUCCCCCACAGAGCGGCAGUUUAUCGUCUUCUGUUCUGAGAAGGUCGCUAGAGUGGUUGAGCUGCCAUCCCAGAGCUGCGUAUACAAGCAGAUCAUCACCGAGGUCUCCUUCGUCGUCAAGGCUGAAAUCAUCCAAAUGAAAGAUGCGGUGUGCCUGGUCUGCUAUAUCGCCACAGGCCACAUAGCCAUCUUCAACCUGCCGAGCUUGCGGCAACUCACCUACGUAGACUUCUUACCAUUAGUGGACCUCAGUUUCCAGACGAGGAAGCAAGGCAAUGUUGUUGACCCAAUGCUCUCGAUUUGGGGCCAGCAAAUGUUCGUGUGUGAAGACACUAACCAGAUCGCGAGAACUUUUUGCUUCACGAACCACGGCCACGGCAUGUACCUCUGCUCGCCCUCUGAGCUCCAGAAGUUCACAUUGUCUGCGGAUAUUUGCAAGGACCUGCAGGAGCUGCUAGGCGACUUGUUCCUUCCCUGCGAGAUGCCAGAGGCGCCGAAGCAGAGUUUCUUCAAAGGGCUCUUCGGCGGAGGCGUGUCACAGCUUGACCGGGAGGAGCUUUUCGGCGAAGCAAGCGGGAAGCCUGCGAGCUCAGUGGCUAAGCACGUGCCUGGGCCGCAGCAGCAGAUGGAGGCCAUGAACGCCCGCGCCGGCAACGCCACCUCCGAGAUCGGCAGGGCCAAGAUGGCAGCCAUCGAGAGGGGCCAGCGUCUGGGCGAGCUCGACGAGAAAACUGCCAAGAUGAUGCACGAAGCUGAGUCAUUCAGCUCUGCAGCGCGUCAGCUCAUGCUCAAGUAUAAGGACAAAAAGUGGUACCAGCUGUAAUAAGUGGUGUCAGCUGUAAGGCUUGGUACCAGCUGUAAGGCGUGGUAGCAGCU